UUUUUUUUUUAUUACAUUUACUGUUUUUCCUCAUUAUUAGUCAACAACAUCAUCCGAGUCAUGAUGGUAUCCUCUUCUAUCAAUACAUUUACUACUAAUUAUUGUUCAUGCAAACCCAUACCCACUUCACCCAUCCGUCGAAUCCAUGUUCGCCCAAGUCUGGAUAAUGCUAUUGAGGUCUCAAAUGGCAUAUCCUAUUGCUCUUCACCUAUUCAAAAAAAGCGAUCAUUAAUCGAUCAUCAUUCUUUAUCAUUCACUAAACACCAUUUCCAAAUACUAAAAUCACUUUCCCCAGGACAAUAUGGAAAGACCUAUGUUGUCAGAAGUAAAUUGAAUCAACAAAUUUAUUGUAUGAAGAUCCAAAGCAAACGUCUAUUGAAAAUGCAUAGCGAUCGGGUAUCCUUUGAUGUCGAACAAGCCAUCCUGUCUUUGCAGCAUCCAUGCCUUCCCCGCUUGUAUUGUUCGUUUGAAGAUGACACAGAUCAUUACUUGGUGAUGGAUUAUUUCAGUGGUGGUGACCUCUUUAGUCUCUUGGAUAGGCAACCUACAUUGUGCUUGACUGAAAAACAAGCUCAGUUUUAUAUGGCAGAAAUGAUCUUGGCUUGUCAAGCUUUACAUCAAUUAGGCUACCUUCAUCGAGACAUCAAACCUCAGAAUAUCUUGUUAGAUCAUCUUGGGCAUGUUAAAUUGGUCGAUUUUGGUUCAAGUAUUUUGAUCUCUCAAGCCACAAAGAAUAAACAAUCCACUCCUGUAGGCACUUGUGACUAUGUAUCACCUGAAAUACUUGAUUCAUUCCAAGGAGACGCGACUUAUGGUACAGAGGUAGAUUGUUGGUCUUUAGGCAUCUGUUUAUAUGAAAUGCUUCAAGAACUUCCGCCUUUUUAUAGUGAUGUCAGUGAAAAUGAUACUUACCGAAAGAUAUUAUUCCAUCAGGGUCAAGUAUCUUUCAAUGAUAUGCUUCCGAUUUCUGAUCAAGCCAAGGACCUUAUCAAUAAUCUACUUACGAAAAGGGAAAAUAGAUUGACUUUGGACCAAAUCAAAAUGCAUAGUUUUUUUGAUGGUAUUGAUUGGGAUACCAUUUACCAAAGUAAGCCGCCAUUUCGUCCUAGAUUACAUAGUGAUGAUGAUACUUCCAACUUCUUUAUACCCCAGGACAUUCUGCAAGAAGCAAAACAAGAUGACAACCCUGACGAUGAUGAUGAUGAUUAUAUUUCCCUUUCUCAACCUAUUACACCACCUCUUUCUCCUUUGUUGAAACAUACUUGUUAUAUUCCCUCUUCUUUAGAACAGUAGUCUCCUUUUGUAUCAUUUGUACCUUUUUUUUUUUAGUCGAUGUGUUUUUAUCUUAACUUAUCUACUUUACAAAGGAAUUAUUUAUGAAAGAUAUAGUGUCAAGCAUGCUUAUUGUAUCUUGUCAUCAUAUCAAAUGUUGAAAAUACAUUCAUUUCUGUUGAGCAGAUUUUUCGG